CGAGGUAGCUCAUUGGCCCAACGUCACAUCGCGGUCUCCUUGUUUAUAAGCUAGUUCUCCAGAAACCUGUUUAAAUCGGAGCUGAUAUCAGUGGCAGCGGUUUGUGAGUGUCUGGGAACAUGCAUGUCGCGGGGAGAAUGUCGCGCGCGUCCCGUCUAUCCUCCUCUCUGUUGUUUACAUAGGCUGAUUUCCGUUUUUUAGCAUCCGCCGUCACUACCGACAAGCAGCGAUGUAUAAGGAGGGGGAAGAGGUACCGGACGACUGCGGCUCCCGGGAGGAGUGGACGCUGCUCUUCUGGACCUCUCUGGCCGUCAUCGUGCCGGUCAUCAUCACGCUGUGGUGCAGCGCGCAGCGCUCCAAGCGGAAAACGCACAUGAAGGAUUUCUUCCGUAAGAGCAAGCACGGCUGGCACUACACAGACCUGUUCAACAAGCCCACCUACUGCUGCGUCUGCUCGCAGCACAUCCUGCAGGGGGCUUUCUGCGACUGCUGCGGGGUGUGCGCCGACGAGCAGUGCCUGCGCCGGGCCGACCGCAUCCUGCUGUGCAAGGAGAUCAUGGCCCCCUGCGGCCCAGGGGGGGGCAUGGAGCACCGCUGGGUGCGCGGAAACGUCCCCCUCGCCAGCUACUGUGCAGUGUGCAGACAGCAGUGUGGCACCCAGCCGAAGCUUUGCGACUUCAGGUGUGUGUGGUGUCAGAACACGGUGCACGAUGACUGCAUGGACAGCCUGCCGGAUGCAGACCAGUGUGAGCUGGGAGAGUUCCACAGCCUCAUCAUCCCUCCUCACUACCUGUACCAGGUCAACAAGCUGCGCCGCAGGCAGCCUGAGGAGUACAGCCAGCUGGCAUCUUGCUGUGGCAGUGGCUGGACUCCAGUGUUGGUCUUGGCUAACACACGCAGCGGCAACAACAUGGGGGAGGCUCUGCUGGGAGAAUUUCGCACCGUUCUGAAUCCUGUGCAGGUGUUUGACCUGUCUGAGCUGACUCCCUCCAAAGCUCUGCAGCUGUGCACCCUGCUGCCCCCCGGCAGCGUCCGGGUGCUGGUGUGUGGGGGGGACGGCACGGUGGGCUGGGUGCUGGACGCCAUCGAUACCAUGAAGCUGAAGGGUCUAGACCAGUUUAUGCCCCGGGUGACCAUCCUUCCUCUGGGGACAGGAAAUGACCUCUCCAACACUCUAGGGUGGGGUGCGGGGUAUGCCGGAGAGAUCCCCGUGGAACAGGUUCUCCGGAACAUCCUCGAUGCCGAGGUGGUCAAAAUGGACAGGUGGAAAGUGCAGGUGGCUUCAAAAGGCCUGUACUUUCGGAAACCAAAGGUCCUGUCCAUGAACAACUACUUCUCUGUGGGGCCCGACGCUCUGAUGGCGCUCAACUUCCACGCACACCGCGAGAAAACGCCCUCCUUCUUCUCCAGCCGCAUCGUCAACAAGACUGUAUAUUUCCUGUAUGGCACCAAAGAUUGUUUAGUGCAGGAAUGUAAGGAUCUGGAUAAGAGGAUCGAGUUGGAGCUGGAUGGGGAGAGGGUGGCGCUGCCCAGUCUGGAGGGCAUCAUAGUUUGUAACAUUGGUUACUGGGGCGGAGGCUGCAGACUCUGGGAGGGGAUGGGGGAUGAACCGUGCCCCCCCACACGGCUGGACGAUGGUCUGCUGGAGGUGGUGGGGGUGUUCGGCUCCUUCCACUGCGCUCAGAUCCAGGUCAAGCUGGCCAAUCCUGUACGGCUGGGACAGGCCCACACUGUCAGGCUGGUUCUGAAGAGCUCCAAGAUGCCUAUGCAGGUGGACGGAGAGCCGUGGGCCCAGGGUCCCUGCACCAUCACCAUCACCCAUAAGACCCAAGCCCUCAUGCUGUACCACAGCGCCGAGCAGACCGACGACGACGACGAAUCCAGCGCCUCUGAGACGGAGAGCCCCACCCCUCACGACUCGCCCAGGCCCCCGGGGCCCGCCUCCGCUCGUGCAUGACCCCGCCCAAACAUAAUUUAUCUGAAGGUCCUCUUUCCAUAAGUUUCUUAAUCCUUCACCUGCAGUGUAUAUUCAUCUUAAAUCUUUGAACAAACUUUAUCCUCAAACUGUUUUGAUGAAAAUAUGUGUUUCCGUAUAAUAAUUUCAUAUAUUUUAAGAGCGCUCGCAGGGGUUAGAAAGCUAGGUUCUAAAAAAUUGCAGAUUUUCUCUCUGCCUUUUAUCUCCACGCUCCCCAAUAUUUGUAACUCGUAGAUUAGCCACAGGCGGGACAGUCAGGGCGGGUGAAUGUUUUAGAGAAACUCUCCUGUAUUAAUUAUACUGUAUUUACAGUUGAAUGCCCAGUGUAGCCCUGAAGGUAUCAGUGAGCCAUCCUUAACAAGCUGUCCAGGUUCAAACCCCCCAAAGCCAUGUCUAAAUCCACAGCAUUAUAAUAGGAAAAAACAGUGUUGUCAAUUAUGAAGAGGAGUUUUGGCUAUAUCCAAAGCUUUAUGUCUAUAUUUUUUACUCCAGAAAGAGCACACGUUUACACAGCACAGAAUAUCUGUUUAUUUCAGGCUCACAGUUAUAAGGUUCUCCUGCAUUUUUCACCUGUUUCAAGGCUUUGAAAUGUGUUAGCCAGAAGGUCUCUGAAUCUAAAUGGAGCAAGGCCUCUGGUACAACUGCAGUGUGUUGUCAAUCACUGGACAUUGUUGUUGUUUUGUUUACUUCAUGGUGCCCUGUCUCAAGUAGCUCCCAAAACUGCUAGAUUGUACUUAGAUACAGGAGCUACGGGAAACAGCCAACUUUUAUUUUAAAAGUACUGCCAAGUAACUUGUCAGAGGAUAUUUUUGUGCGUACUGGUAAAACCUUUUUGUUCUUCCUCUUCUUUACAUAGUUCCUCCAGUUUACAUCCGUUGUGUUGCACUGUUUUCCACUUACACUGAUAUAUACCUUUCACUGCUUAGGAUGUAGGUUAUAUAAAGAUGCUGGCUGUUGAUGUUGCUGCCAAGUGAUAACUGCUGAUGAGAUUAAGCUGUCCUAUGUUGUUAUUUACUUUAUUCAAGUAGGCGUCCUGCAUCAUUUGUGAAUUACCAAUGGUCACCACAGGGUGGCAGGCUAAAGACAGUAUGUUCUGUAGAGGGGUCCAGAAGAGUUGGUCCUUUACUUAAACCUCUACAGUUUAUUAGUAAUACCACCGGUUACUUGCAUGUACUUCUCUGUGUACUGGUCACGUGCACAUUGCGCUAACUGUCGAGUUUUACUAGUGGCAUCUUUUGUCUUCUCUACAUAAUGUCUGCAAGAGGUAUUUUGGGUUUCUGCCUAUAGGUAGCCAACUUUUAUGGAAAUUAGUUAGAACUGCAACUACCAACUAUUUUUAUUAUUGACAAAUCCGCCCAUUAUUUAGAAAAUUAACUGUUUAGUCGAUAAAAUGCUUGAAAACUGGUAAAAAGGUCCAUUCCAGUUUCUGAAUUCCAAGGUGAUUUUAAAUGUCAAAAACCCAUAGAUAUGAACUUGAAUAGGAUAUAAAACAGAGAAAUUGAGUACAUCUCAAUCCUCAAAAGGCUGGAAACAGCAUUUUUAUUGAAAUGUUGUUCAACAAUGAAUCAAUUGAACAAUGAAUUGCUCAUUAAUUGUAUUUCCAUCAAAUGUAUAAUAAGUUGAAUUUUGCAAUGAAUUGAUGCAGCUCUAACAUUAAUUUCACCCUCUGAGGUAGUCCUGUUUGGUGCAGAACAGUUGCCUGUAGCUUACAGCCACACCAGGAAAGCCUGAAUGAUGUUAGUUACUGCUCUCUUAUUAACCUGAAGCUAACUGGCUACACAUGAUGCUGAACAGGGAUCUGUUUUUGGCCAUGUGAUGCUUAUGCUUUUGCAAUAUGCACCUCCUUGGCAGGUAACCAAGCCUCAUGGUUUCAUCACCCGAUAUUUGUUUGAUGAAUGUCUUAUUGCUCAAGGACACCUGUAUAACCUUUUACCUUAUCAUCCGUGUUUACCAGAGUUGUGUGUGUUGUGUUGCACUGAAUUAGCUUAAAUGUAACUGGGGUUUAUUGGCAGGUUUGCAGCCACGCUAGCAGCAUAGUUCUGUUUAGAACACUCUUUAGCGUUGAAUACCUCGAUAAUUGUUGGAAGUUGUUGGAUUUGUACAGAUAUUGCUGGUCCUCUGAGAAUGAAUCCUAAUGAUUGUGUUGUACUCAGUAUUUAGUUAAAGCCACUAAUAGGUCAACAAUGUGCUUUACGAAAACAGUUCUAGAGGUAAUUUCUCUCAUCUUAAGAUGUAGUUGGAGACUAAUGUUAGAUAGCAUGCUAACAUGCUAAAUAUCAGUCUAAUACAUAUUUACUGUAUGUAUGACAGCACAUGCUGACAUGCUAGCUUACCGCCUUAAUCAGAGGUAGACCUUAACACCAAUGGUAUUACUCCCCUAAGAUUAGCAUCUUGCAGUUCAUAGGUUUGCUUUUGGCCUCCCUGUUUUGGUUGAAUCUCAUCACUCUUGUUUUCAGAAGCAGCAGAAAGCUGUUUUCAGCAUAAAAAGUUCUGAUAACCCCCACUGUAUGUUCCCUGCCCUGCUCAAAUGGCACACAGACAAAGCAGCACCUAGCUAGUGUGCUAGCUUAGUGGCAAAAUACCGAGACAUUUUCCCGGGAGAUGCUACAGACCCAAACUGAGUUACAAAAAGAGAGAAAAUUGCUGUUAGGGUUUUCAGGUUGCCAAAAACAUUAUUUUAAUGUAAUGUUGCUCAAUGUCUGCUAGAUGUGUAAGUAGGCUUUAGUUUGAUAAUUAUAUUUUGCACUGAUACUUGAUAAAGCCAUAAUGUGUCAAACGUCUAAGUUAAUGUGCCUGGAUGGGCGAAGCUUUGGUCUGAUGAAAGUGGAGGGUAACCCUUUUGACUUAUGUAAAGACACAGCUUUUUUGUGAUACCACGAUGACAUUUUUGUGGAAAGGAUUAACAAUUGCAAGCUGUUCUUUUCAUUUUCAAACCAUCCAACACGUGUUUCCAGGCGUAUACUGACACCUCACAAGCUUGCUGGCGUGGCUGAAGACGUUCCCUUGUUCUCUUGUUAUGGGUUGAGGGACAUGACUGAUGUUUGUAUACGUUUCCAAAUCAAACCUUUCAGUUAAUUAUUUGUUAAAUCUUGGCCGAUAUAGCAGUAUUUAUAUAGAGUCCAUUCAUCAUGGAAAAAUUCACUGUGUUCUGUGUUACAAAUUGCUUUCGUUAAUAAUUAAUAUAUAUUUGAAUAUACUUAUAUUUUCUGCGGUCAAAUAUGUGUCAAAAAGAGAACCGUAAAGGCUGAUAAGAAUGUGCCAUUUAUUUCACUUUGACUAAGAUUUAUUCUUAAGAGCAAGCCUUAUGUGGCCUCUGCUGAACAGGAAUGAGAACACAAAGGAACUGUUUUUGGGAGAAAACAAGCUUUUAUUGGUAACAAUCAUGUAAUCAUAGCUGUUUACAAAAAUAGGAUUUGGUGAAAUGGAUUUUGACUGAACUGAAUGUAAUGAUCUUUUGAAUUGAAAGACAUUCCUAUAAAUAUUUUCAUAUAUAAGCCACAUGUGUCUGUGUUUUAAGUGGAUGUAUUAAAAAUGACUGCUGCUAUGAUCUCUAGUUAGAUGUCCCAGCAGCCAGAAGCUCACACUAACAUUGUAAUAGCGGGAUAUCAUUUACAUUUUACCACAGGUUGAGUUGAAUGGCUUUGAAAUGUGGUGUUCAUUCCAAUGUAAUUGCUACCAUUCUCCAUAAUUUACACAUACACAUAUUCUCAUUUAAAAAUAUACGGUACCUAUCUAUAACGAUUAUUAUUCCAAGUGAAAAACACAAAAUGCUUGCUCUGUGUAUGUGUGUGUGUAUGCCAUUUAUUUAAGCCUCACAAUAGUGCCCUUCCCUGUCAUGCGAAGUGAUGAUCAAUAAUCUCCACAUUAGAAGUCAUUUUGAUAAGGCUGUGAGUAACUUGUAGUUGAUUUCUCUGAUGGAUUCUUUGGUUGUUGUGUUUACUGGUUUCCUUUCAUAUUUGGCUUAUAUCCUCCUGGUGCAUUGUGUGGCGGCCUUCUGUCCUGUUCUAUAGAAAAAUACAAAAAAGGUUUCUUUAUUAA